AUGGAUGGACCACCUAAACGUCGUAGUCGUAGCAGGGAUCAUACUGCCAUUCGCGGCUUCAACCAUUUCAAAGGGAUUGUUCUGAAAACUUUGAUAAGACAUCCGAAGAAACCAAAUUCUGGAAAUCGUAAGUGUGCACUGGUGCGUUUAAGUAAUGGUAAAGAAGUAUGCGCUUAUAUUCCAGGUGUUGGUCAUAAUUUGCAAGAACAUUCGCAGGUAAUGGUACGUGGUGGACGUCGGCGUGACCUACAAGGUGUACGAGCAGAAAUAAUACGUGGUAAGCUUGAUUGUGCUCCAUUGCGGAAGAAAGCAAAAAAAGCAGCAGCUAAAUAG